AUGAACAAUGAUGAGUGUUUUCAAUGGAUUCAUGUUGAAAAAAAAGGUUUAAAAGAGUACAAAGACGAGGAUUAUUUGAUUGAAAGUCCAAAAUCGGAUACAAGAUUUAGUGAACCAAUAUCAAGUACUUUUGCAGAUAUUUCAAAAAAAAGUGACAAAGCCAAGAAAGAAAUAGUAAGCAAAAAGUUGCCAAGCAAUGUCAAAAGAAAUUUGGCAACUGAAUUAGAUACGGCCUCGUCAAAGUUUUUAACUGAAGAGGAAGACGAAUCGUCGGAUGAAUUUAUUCCUCGUGACUUUCAAGCUCAAAGUACAAAAAUAUUUUCUGACACGUUAUCGGAAAAUAUCCACAACAGAAGAAGUUUGGCAUUGAAACCUCCACUUGAUGUCCCCAAAGAAUUGAAUCAACCCAAAGAUUCCGGCAUCGAUGAAGACGUAGCAGAUGAUAACGCCAAGUAUAAAACUGUUGAUAAAAAAUUAAAAAGUACAGAAAAUAAAAUUGACAAUAAUCAACCUAAACGUGAAAUCAUUGGCCGAGACGGGCCCAUCAAGGUGCCCAAGAAAACAAACGUUUUUGAAGUUGCUGGUAAAAGUUUAUAUGAUUUGGUAGACGAGAAAUCUGAAAGUUAUAAAAAUAAUGAUGAAAAAUACACGAAAUCUUUGAAUGCAGUAAAUAAAAAAAGUAGCAUCCAAGACAACAGUGACGAAUCUUAUGGUUUACAUAACUUUGAAAAAAUAAGUAGUGAUAAAGAUAAAACAACCAAAAAUCAAUGUUUAAAGAACAUGGAGAAAUUACAGCAAUUUAAAAAAAUGUUGGCAGAAAGCAAAUCGCCACUCCUACAGCAGCAGUAUGAUACCUUGGUACAAAACAAACUGAUUAAAGAAAACAGUACAAAGGGAUCUGAAUCAGAUUCAAAUAUGAAUGCAGAAUCUUUUCAAAAGUCCGAAAAAUUGACUCAAGUACUAAAAACGCAGUCAAAGAAAGUCAAAAGAAAUAAAAUCUCUGCAAGUGAUAAUAUUUCAACAAGUGAAAAUUCUGAUGAAAAACAUGGAAGAGACGAAGUAGGAGAUCAUCACACUCAAGUUGAUGUAGAUAGUAUGUCACCAAAAACCAGGAUAAAUAAAGAAAUGAAUUUUCACCCAAAGGAGUUAAUUGUUUCUGAAAAAAAUUCUCUUAUACACAAAACACAUGUCACUGAUGACAGUAGUAAUGAUAGCAUAGACAAUGACCAUAACAAUGUAUCCUUAAAAACCAUAGAGAAUUUACAAAAAGCAAAAAAACUCAAUUUGUGGGACAUCAGUGAAUCUGAAAUUGGUAAAAGAAUAAGUAGGGAAAGCAGUGUUUCAGAUAUUAGCAAAAUAUCAGAUGCAAACAAAAAUGGUGAUGAUAGUGACAUUGAACAACAUGCAAAUUGUUUGCCAAUUUUAUGUGGUAUAUCAUCCAACAAUCCAGCUAAAGAAACUGUAGUAGUUGCAAAUGGGUUUUCCCAAGAUAUAAAUUUGAACAAUUUCAUUGACAAGAGUGAUGAAAAUGAUGAUGAGAAAAAUUAUGAAAAAGAAUUUAUCAACAAAGAUUCAGUUAAACCAUCAAGUAGUAGAAAUGGUUGUAUGAACGGCAAUAAUUACGUGUCAACAUCAGAAUCUAAAAAACUUUUACAGCAUGAAAAUUCGAGUUCAUCAGAUGAUGGUAUUAGGCCAAACAAAGCCAAAGAAGAUGAGAAAAAACGUGCCAUGCAUGACUUACAAUCUCAAAAAUCUAAUGUGUCCACAAUUAAUAAUGGUAGAUCUAGAAGUUUGGAUAAAAGUGUAUUGACUCAAAAAUCAGUAGAUAAAAGUGACUCAGAUUCGGAUUCAGAUUUAUCUAACGUAUCAAAAUCUAAAAUUCCAGUCCCACUGGCGACCUCUACACAAGUUCAUAAAUCACCUACAAAACAGAAACUUGAACACUGUGCAGGAAAGCAUGACACCAAAAGAAAUGAUUGUAUUGUAAAUAGUAAAAAUUCUUAUGAGCAGCGAGGUGAAAUAGAUAUUAUGGAAAAAUCCGAUAAUGAAAAAUCACCUAUGAAUGAUUCCAGGUCUAAAGAACAUAGUUCCUCCAAAAAAAGUAACGAAUGUAAAAUUAAAGAAAAAAUUACACCGGAUAAGAAACAACGCUAUGAUAGUUACUCCGAUUCAGAUGAAUCCGACACACCAAAAUCCAAAACUCCUGAGCAAAUGAACCAGUCAGUUGGAAUGGAUGUUACUAAAAAAUUGGACGACACAAGUGAUAGUGACAGUGAUAGUGAUAAGUCUAAGUCAACAUGUGCAUCCAAAAGACUUUCACAGUACAGGAAUUUAAGUUUAUUAGAUAAAAGCCUUAGUUCCAACGAAGAUUAUGAAGAUGACAAAAAACAGACUGUGCAUGAUGCAGAAUCUGAUGAUUCUAGUGUUUCCAAAUCAAGUAACGCAUCUAAAACUUCUGAAAAGAAUACAUCGAAGAUUCAACCACAUUUUAGUGACUCCAGUUCUGAUAAAUCGUUCAUAUUAACUCUAUCAAAAUCUAAUAACCCAAUCCAAGAUACAUCCACACAAUCAAAACCUUCAAAAUCACCUGUGAAAAAAACAUCUGAGCAAUCAAGAGAGUCCCUCACAUUAAACGAUAAAGAUUCUCGUAAACAGUCAGGUAUAACAGAUAGUAUUAAAGAAAUUCAAAAUAUUGAAUCAGAAGAAAUGUUUCCAUCAUCUGAAAAAAUUUCCUUGACAGAAAAAAGGAAUGGUGUUAAUAAAGCUUCUACUGCUGCAUCAGAGUCUGGUAAGAGUUCAGAAACUGAAGACGAAGAAAUACCGUUGAAUCAGGAACAGUUAAAGCGAAAAAAAAUAACUAAGAUAUCUGAGCUUGUAGAAAGAGACCAUUUAUCAGAAGGGAUUUGUACGUCCACAGUGUCCUUGCAAGACUUUUCCUCUGAUGACCAUGAAAUAUUUCUUCUUGAUGUUCCUAAAUACAAAUAUGCUAGUCCCACUCUUUCAUGUUUGUUUAAAACUAGUGAUAAAUCAAAAACUGCAUUUAAAGCUUUUAACAUUAGGCCCGUUGCAUCAAUUGUUGCACGAAGAAAAAAGAGUUCCGUAAACGAAGAUCAAGAUGUUACAAUUGAAACCUCCAAACUUUCAUUGAAUGAAAACGAUUUAGAAAAUAAUAAAUGCACUACAGAUGUAUCUAGACUUAUGAAAUCUCCUUCAGUUACAAAAGCGAAAAUUUCUAAAAAACAUAGCAAAGAAGUUUUGAGUGUCGCUGAAGAAAAAAAUAAUGAAAAUGUAGAUGAUUCUAGCUCGUCUGAAUCUCAGACAUCUCUAUUAAAUGAUGUAUCUAGACAUACAUCUCCUUCAGUUACUAAAGCGAAAAUUUCUAAAAAACAUAGCAAAGAAGUUUUGAGUGUCGCUGAAGAAAAAAAUAAUGAAAAUGUAGAUGAUUCUAGCUCGUCUGAAUCUCAGACAUCUUUAUUGAAUAAUAAUGUGGAUCCCAAAGAUGAUGAAUGCAUGGCACGGAAUGUAAACCAUCAAAAUUCUGUGUUAAAGCAAUCAGAAAUAUCUGGGAAAUCAUAUGAACAAGUAAUCAGCGCCAUCGAGAAAGAACAUCAUGAAAAUGACUCUCAGGUUAGUGACGGCAGAACUAAGUCUUACUUAUCAUUUGAUGUGAACGGAAAUUCUAAAAAUAGCCAUCACUCGGAGCUUGAACUAAAAGGUCGAAAGUCCAUUACAAAAUUAGAAAUAUUUGGGGAAUCGAAUAAACAAAAGAUUUUUAAUGCCAUUGAAGAAGCGUGCAAUAAAAACGAAGUUUUAAAAAUUACUGUUGUUAUAGAAAAAAUCGAAAAAUCUAAAGAGUCAAGUAAAGAAAACAUAAUUGAGUUCGAUCAAGAAAAAAAUGACAAAAUUGAAAGUACUACAGAAACGUCGAAAAUUCUUAAACUAUCUCAAAGUAAUAAAAAACCAAUAAUGAAUAGUAAAGUGACUAAAACUGUUCAAAAAUCAAAGCAUUUAAAAAAUAAAUUUGCCAUUAGCAACUUUACGAAAAAGAAACUCCCGAAGAAAAAAAUUAAUUUAGCGUUAGAGAACAAUUUAGUAGAGAUCCCAGCUGAAAAAGAAACGAAAGUCAAUGAAGAAAAAACAAAAGUUCAUUCGAGUGAAACAAAGCCAAAAGAAAUCGAAGAACAUUCGAAGAAGAAAAAUACUGAUUUACCAUCAAAGAGCAAUUUAGUUUUGACAAGCCCAGUGUCAAAAAAUCCAAAAGUCGAAGAGAAUAAACUAAAAGGGAAUUUAAGUGAUUCGGAGCAAGACAAAAUUGGUUUCAGGACCACAGACACAGUUACGGAAACGAUAAAUGCAGUUUCAGUGGUUAAAAAUAAUAUGUUGAACAGUUCAGAUUCUAUUGCAGAUUUUAACGAAGAAAAAGAAGAAAAAGUUGAAGUAAUGAAAGAAACUGAAACGAAUAUACACGGUAAAGAAAAGACGAAAAAGAAAUCUCAAAAAAAAUUAUUUAACUUACAUAAAGAGAAUCAAGAACUUGUUGAGUUAACUGCCGACAAUGUAAAACUAGACAAGAAAAAAGAAAAGAAGAAUUUAAAACUUGAAAACUUGAAGAGCAGAGAUAAUGAUGGCAGCAGUGUAAAUAACGAUGGAUCCUCUGAAACCAAAAAGCGCCUUCAGCAAAAAAAAAAGCUUUCUUUGUUGACCAAUGAUUCGGAAAAUGGACAUAGUGAUAGUGAAAAGAAUAGAUGCGUUGACAGUGACAAACGUGAAAAGAAAGCAAAAAACAGUGAGAAAAAACUAGAACUAAAAAACAUUGAAUCAAGUGAGGAAGAACAUGCUAAGAGUAAUGAAGAUGUUCAAAAUUUAAUCACCAAAAGAAAAAGUAAAAAAAAUUUAACAACUGACAACAAUAAAGCAUCUAAUGUUCACGAAAAUAUUCGCGACAGCGAUACAAAUACAAAAAAACAUGAAAUUAAUGUCCCAGAUGAAAAUGCAAAGUUUAAUUUGAUAAAAAAGUCUAAAGAAAAAACUCUUAGUCUACGUCCACACCAUCCAAUUCAGAAUCUGCCAUCUAGUGAUGAUGAUGCGAAUGUACCUUUGAAAACCGUAGAGUGUUUGCAAAAAGUAAAAAAACUUAAUUUAUUGGAUUCUAGUGAUUCCCACGAUGAUCAACAUAAUGUCGAAAAGAAAAAAGUUGACAAGAAAAAACGCAAAAAGAAAGAAAAAACAGAAAAAACAGAGUUGAACAGGGAAACACCAAUUGACAUUCAAGAAUCAAAAAAUAGAAAAAAUGAUGAAAAUCCUUCAGCAGUUAACAGUGUAGCAUCUAACGGACAAGAAAAUACAUGUGAUAGUGACAUAGACAUUAAAGAACAUAAAAUUUAUUUGCCAGAAGAAUGUAAAAGUUUGGAUUUGAUGAAAAGCUAUGAAGAAGAAACUUUGAAACCUGUUGAAGAAAACAAAAGUAAAAGCAAAAAACACACAUCCAAGAAAUCUAAUGAGGUGACUGAAAAAGAAAAAAAUAGAUGUAUCCUAAAUACGAGCUCUGAAAGUGAAGUAGUUGCUAAAAAACUUUCGAAAAAAAAAUCCAAAUCGAAGCAAUUAAAACACGUUAGUUUCGAUAUUAAAAGUGAUGAUGAAAGUGAUGAAAAGUCCAUGGUAAUAGAAUUGGACAAUCCAUCAAUGAAAACUGCAUCGAAUAACAUUAAUGAAGAUACUAGCGAUCACUUUAUGUCAGUAACAGCAGCUCAAAAACUUUCAAAAUUAAAGAAAUUAAAUUUAAUAGAUGCCAGUUCUAGUUCCAGUGAAGAUGAAAAAUAUGAUAGAAAGAGUAGGACCAACGACAUUGUGUAUAAUAGUAAAAAAUCUAAUGUUCCUAAUAAAAAUACAUUGGUUCAAAAACAAAUGCCGGAAUCAAGUACAGAGAAGAAAAAGCUUAGUUCAAAAUGCACAUCGAGUCUAAAUAUACAUGUAAAUGAUACCAAGAAAAGUAGAAAAACUGAAAAGAUACAGGAACUCGUUGAUAGGUUGGACGAAGAUGAUGCCAAACUCAAACGGAAAAAAGAGAAGAAAAAAUCAUCCAGUACAAAGAAUAAUGUAGAUUCUGACACAAUUGUUAGUAAUGUACAGAAAAAAGAAGAAAUACAAUUAGUGGCAGAAGUGAUAAACGUAGACGAUUUUAAAAUUGAGAAGAAAAAACGAAAGAAAAAAUCCAGACACGAUUUAGAUUCCGCUGCAAUAAGCAACGAGCACGAAGAAAACAGAGUCGAGGAGAGGGAGAAUGUGGUUGAUGAAUCGAACGAAGACUACGUAAAAGUAGAAAAGAAAAAAGAAAAGAAAAAGAAGGCAGUGGAUGUAAACUGUGACGAUAAAAAAUUAAAAAGAAAGCGCGAAGCGGAAGAAGAACCUGUCGUCGAGAAGAAAAAAUUGAAAAAAGCCAAGACCAACUCGGAGGAGAAAUUUGAAUCGAAGGUGGAAGUGGACGAACCGGAGUUGGUAACUUUUGAAGUGCCUUGUAAAAAAGAAAAGUCAAAGAGCAAUUCGGAGGAAGCUAUAGAGGCCCCUACUCCAAAAAAGAAAAAGAAGGCCAAAACGACUUGCAUCGAUCUGGAGGAUGAAAUAAAACCGUCAGCAAAAAACGUGAACGAAGAGUCCACUAAAACGAAAGAGAAGCAGAAGAAGCCCGCGAAAACGAAGAAAAGCUCCGGAGACAACGUGAAUCAAGGAUCGCUCGGUGCCGAGGCCGCAAAACCUUGCAGGCGACUCUUGGCUUUGUACGAGAGCAGCAGCAGCGACGAGUACCACAAAUCGUCCAUCAAGCGAGCUAUGGACCCCGACAAGGAGCCAAAGCUCGAGAGCGACAGCAGCGACAGGAAAAAGAAGAAGAAGAAGAAAAAGAAACACAAGAGUUUUCACUUUGACGAGUAGAACUGGGCCUAUACAUAGCAAUCACGACGACGACGAGGAGGAGGAGGAGGACUUAAUUCGGCAGUGGGCCGAAUGAUGGUCAUC